GAGAGUACAGAGGACAGUCUGAACUACACCCAGGAGAGCAGUGCUAUAGAGAGGCGGAAGUUAAAGGCAACAGUAAGUUACACUGUGGUGCUGCUGAGCUGCCUUGAUACACAGCAGACCUAAUAUAGCUGAAACCUGGCUCUGUGAAACCUUGGCUCUGAGCUUCAAAGUGGCUCUGGAUUAUAAGUGGCCGAGUUAAGAACUGGAGUUUUGAAUCUGGAGGGGAAACUGCAAACCCCACUAACAGAACGUUUGUGGACCUAACCUAUCCUCAAUAAAUAUGAGCAACUACAAUGUUACUUUGGUUGGCCCAGCACCUUGGGGCUUCAGAUUACAAGGCGGCAAAGAUUUCAACAUGCCUUUGACUAUUUCCAGGUUGAAUGAUGGGGGGAAAGCAGCGCAAGCCAACAUAGGUAUUGGUGACUUGGUCCUUACCAUUGACGGUAUUAGCACUGAUGGAAUGACGCAUUUGGAAGCUCAGAACAAGAUCAAGGCAUGCUCUGGUUCCCUAAGAUUAACACUACAAAAAGCUACACCAAAACCUAGCCCAAACCCAGCCCAAACUACCUAUGAAGCACCUAAAGAAGUAAUUAAGCCUGUGCCCAUUGCAUCUCCCACGCCUGCUGCACCAAAGAUCACAUCAACCAAUGUGGCCUACAAUAAAGCACCUAGACCCUUUGGAGCAGUGUCUUCUUCCAAAACGGCUUCAAUCCCUUCUGCAUCUUCUGCCUUUACCCCAGCCUCUGCAUCUCGUUUGUCCCAAGCUUCCCCACAGCCAACAGCUUUGUCCCUAUUGGCUGCUGUUAGCCCGCCUCCACCCAGUGCACCUGGACUGCAUACUAAUUACAAACCCACCACUGAUGUGCAACCACCAGCUUUGAGUGCUACUAAACCUGCAGUUAAUAUCCCACGGCAGCCUGCCAGCUACAGUUCAACAAACAACCAGUUUGCAAAUGCCCAAGAUGGGGUUGAUGCUCAGAGAAGAGGACAAAAUGGAAACCAAAAUGGUCCUCCACGAAAACACAUUAUGGACACCUACUCAGAUUUCCAGCACACUCCUUCAUAUAGCGAGAAUAGCAAGCAGCGGUUGAUAGAUGACACUGAAGACUGGCAUCCACGCACAGGAACCACCCAGUCACGUUCUUUCCGCAUCCUCGCUCAGAUGACUGGCACUGAAAAUAUGAACGAACCAGAAGAACCAGAAAAUGCUAACAAACCAAACAGUGAUUCACAGGAACCAGUGCAGAUGACUGCAUAUACAGCAGCCUCAGCAAAAAGUAUGCCGGCCUCCUACAAAUCUCCCCAGGCUUACAAACCUAGUGGAACUACUGGCGUUUCCAAACCGGCAACCGUUCAGCCUGCCGCCCAGCCAGUUCCCUCUUUUGGAAAAAUUUCUAACAAUUCGGCUACUACUGUGAAGUCAGACGUUUCUAACAAGUCUGUGGGGCCACCACCUCCAGCAGACCAAGACACAUUAUUUCAGAGAGCAGAGCACAUUCCUGCAGGAAAACGCACUCCAAUGUGUGCCAUCUGCGAUCUUGUCAUCAGAGGCCCUUUCUUAUUGGCACUUGGGAAAUCCUGGCAUAAAGAAGAAUUUAACUGUGCCCACUGUAAGAUAAAUAUGGCUGAAAUGGGUUUUGUUCAAGAAAAAGGUUCCCUUUAUUGUGAGGUUUGCUAUGCAAAGUUCUUUGCACCAGAUUGUGCCCGUUGCCAGAGGAAGAUUCUUGGAGAAGUCAUCAAUGCAUUGAAGCAGGCCUGGCAUGUCUCCUGCUUUGUGUGCGUGGCCUGUAACAAACCAAUACGCAAUGGUGUAUUUCAUUUGGAGGAUGGUGAACCAUACUGUGAAACAGAUUAUUAUUCUAUGUUUGGUACAAUGUGUCAUGGAUGUGAAUUCCCCGUUGAAGCUGGAGACAGGUUCCUGGAAGCCCUUGGACACACCUGGCACAACACGUGCUUUGUAUGCACAGUGUGCUGUGAAAGUUUGGAAGGGAAAACCUUUUUUUCGAAGAAGGAUAAACCACUUUGCAAGAAACAUGCUCAUGUUGUGAACAUCUGAAGACAUCCAGAGCCAAAUUGCGUGCUUCUGCUUCCUAAGAAAUCUGCAAUACUAAAAUCUGUUGUUAAAAAUUAUGUUGGCAGACAGUUCGACCCUUUAUCUACUAAUGUCUAUAGGAAGUCUGAUAUAUAAAUCUUGGUAUUUGGUUUAGUUUAUGUAAAAUUCAGAUGCUGCUGUGCUGUUUGAAACUAUCUUGCACAACCUAAAGUGUAAAUCUAACUUAUUUAGGGUCACAUCUUUAUUCUAUGCAAAGUUCCUCUUAUAAAAUAGCUGUAGAUAAUGUCAGCAUAGCACGGCUUGUUCAUUGUUACAGCAUAAUAUAAAAUCGUAAAUAAUCUGCUUGUUGCACAUACUCAUUGGUUUAGCACACUUAGAACUCCAAUACAAAUAAUAAGACGGACACACUGAGAUGUACAUUUAUUAUUAUUAUCAUUUAUUUGUAUAGCACGGCCAAAUUCUGUAGCGCUGGAAGCAGUGGGGUACGACUAAACAAUAUGGGCUGUUAUAUAUGUGAAAUUAAAGUCUAUCUAAUCUCAUUAGUAUUUGACAGAAUGCUUUUAGACUAAAGUGUUGACAAUGAAUAGAUUUUAUUUAGGAAAAUACCAAUAUUGUAGUAUCCUACUCCACUGAGUGAAUUCGUUUUGUGUUAACAAAUAGAUGAAAUUGUGCCUUUUUCAUACUAUGGUUGCGCUUGUGUAUGGGUGUAGGAGAUAAGGACAUUAUUCAAAGUCACUACAAAUGUUUGUAUGUUAUAAUCCUGUUAUAUUAGUAUAGUGGAUUAUGAACAUUAAAUAUUCACACAACAAUGGGAUUUCUAGAACAAAACAUCCAAAGUGUGAACAGAAUAUACUAUUUCUCAAAAAAAAUUAAAAAAAUUAAAGGAACGGUAAAGUCAAAAUUAAACUUUCAUGAUUUAGAUAGAGCAUGCAAUCUUAAACAACUUUCCAAUUUACUUCUGUUAUCAAAUUUGCUUUUUGUAUCUUUUAUUGAAGCGUAGAACUAGGUAGGCUCAUAGGAGCUCAGGAGUGUGCACGUAUCUUAAGUACUCUACGGCAGCAGUUUUGCAACAUUAUUUGUAACUUUGUUAUACAAUGUUGCAAAACACUGCUGCCAUAGAGUACUAACGAAAGGUGCACACUCCUUAUGAACCUACCUAGUUUUACUCUUCAUUAAAAGAUACCAAGAGUACAAAGCAAAUUUGAUAACAGAAGACAAUUGGAAAGUUGUUUAAUAUAUAUAUGUUUAUGGUUGGCAUGAGGAUCGUUGUUUUUUUUUUCAGAUUGUGGACUCUGGUAGCCAUGUUGUUUCUGUUAUGUGGCAAUGCAGAAGGUAUUCGUGGGAAGUUUAGAAUUAUGUUGUUGUUCUUUCACAUUGUUUCAUAUUAAUGUAUGUGUUUUACAUGUUUAGCACAUAAAGCUGUAUUGUCCAGUUUUAUACAAACCCAGAAGAUGUGAUUUCUUUCAAAAUAAGGAAAGCAGACUUACAGGAGUUGAUUGGGAUUUGGUAUUUCUUUUAUAAAACAUCCUUAAUUUUUUUUAAAGGAACUAUAAAAUUAUAUAAUGAAGUGCUGUUCAGCAUUUGUAGGUUGUCAAUGAGGUUUUUUAAUUUAUGCAUAAAAAAAAGAGUUCCAUGCUUUUUGUGAUGCAAAAGUAAGCUUUAAGACAACUAUAUAGUUAUAGUUAAAGUGCUUUGAGUCCCACUAGGUGAAAGGCGCUAUAUAAAUACUAGUUAUUAUUAUUUACAAUCUUUACCCUGCUUGCGUACAUGGCUGUAACAUGACAAUGUAAUUAUGCCAUUAUCUUAACUUCUAUUUUAUGAUCAUUUAGCAUUUGUUUCAGUUUCCCAGGCAAUUAUGGGAGGGAUACAGAUAUCAGAUUCCUUCAUGCUUAUAUGUUAUCUGAGUGUGAGUGCAUAUGUAUGCAUAGAGGAACAGCAUUAAAUAUGUGCCUUUGAAAAGUUCUAUGACAACUUUUCUGUGCUUCUUUAGGGGGAGAUACCUUGAACAAAUGAAGAGUAUUAUUAUGCAGGCUGAUAAGAUUGUUUCUUUAUUGGUCACAUCUCCUUAGCAGUUAAUGUGCCACAAAACAUAUUGAGAUCUGUGCAUAUCCUAAAAGGGCUAGUUAAAAUAGUUUGCAUAAAAAAAUGGUUUAAAAAUUACUGGCAAUUUUUUUUUAAAAUAAUUUUCAAAAAUAAGCAAAAUGAAUUACAUAGCCAUGUUGUUUGGAGUAGUCUGAUCCACCCCCAUAUAUUUAGCUCCCGAAAGACAGGCGUUGUAUUUCACAGCUGCUUAUUUGCUUCUAGGCAUGCUUCAGCAAAUCAUGAGUGUUAAAGGGACACUAAACCCAUUUUUUUUCUUUCAUUAUUCAGAUAGAGCAUGCAAUUUUAAGCAACUUUCUAAUUUACUCCUAUUAUCAAUUUUCUUCAUUCUUUUGCUAUCUUUAUAAGCAGGAAUGUGAUGCAUAGGAGCCAGGCCAUUUUUAGUUGAGAACCUGGGUUAUGCUUGCUUAUUGGUGGGUAAAUGUAAGCCUCCAAUAAGCAAGCACUAUCCAUGGUGCUGAACCUAAAAUGGGCUGGCUGCUAAGAUUUUUUUUCCUGCUUUUAAAAUAAAGAUAUCAUUUUUUCUUCGUUCUCUUGCUAAUAGGAGGCGUAAAUUAGAUAGUUGAUUAAAAUGUCAUGCUCUAUCCGAAUCAUGAAAGAAAAAAAAUUGGGUUCAUUGUCCCUUUAAAGUCGACAUUCUACCAAAGCAAAGGUAGAUAUAGAUACAGCCAUAGAAGGAAAUGUGUGUGGGGAGUUAGAGCUGUACAAUUCGGAAACUUAAAAAGAAAGGUUCAAUGGCGAGACACUGCAGUAUAAUUUACAGGUAAAGUAAUUAAAGUACAUAUUCUAUUUUGUCUCCAUCCCAGCGUGUUUUAUGUCCUUUUAAAUAUGUUUAAAAGUUUCAAUUGCAUUAGACAAAUGUUCAAUAAUAUCAUUUGAAAUUAUACUGACAAAUGCUUGAUGAGUCUAGCGGGGCCAUCAAGGGCAGCAAGUAAGCUAGAAAUUCAUGAUUUCAAAUCUUAAAUCAUGCCUUACUUAUUUCAAUAAGAGACUAUUAAACCCUUCUUUCUGGUUUGUAAGUUUAUAAGUAAAUAUGAAUGGAUGCAGGAUCAAAAGCCUGAACCUGCUAUGAUGUAAAAUAAAUAAAUAAGGACAUUAACUUUCAUGUAAAUUGAUAAGCAUUGAUUGCUUUACUGAAAAUUUAAGACAAAUAUAGUAACUUUGUUACUGUUUUGUGUUUUUAAUCUUGAAUGUUCUAUUGUGACUUUGAAAAAGACAAAUUUUGUGUUAGAUACAGAAGCACAUCAUCAGCAUUUAUUUACAGAAACACCUACUGUGAUGCAUUAUUGAGUUGCACAAUGAUAUGAAAGGGGAAAUCUGUAAGUGGUGUGUAAUGAUUGGCUAGGAACGAAAAUGUGAUAGCGCAAUUUACACCAACACUACAAACUGAGUCUAGAUAAUUGUGACUUGGCUAGAUGUAUUACAUGUGCAUUAAAUCUAGUAUUUGAUCAUUUUUCAUGAUAAUCCUUAAAGGCACAUUAAAGUUAAUCUUAUUUUAGAUCCAGAAGAGGGUAUCUCUAUCUAUUUAUUUAUCUAUCUAUCUAUCAUCUAUCUAUCUAUCUAUCUAUCUAUCUAUUUAUCUUUCAUGAUUCUCUGCUGGGUAAAAUAACUUGUUUUUAUUCAAUUGGGCAUUUUCCCUGUCGGCUAUUAGGGCUGUGGGAGCUGUCCAUAUCAGCCAAUAAAGAGUUGGCCCCCAAGACCUAAUUGUGCUUAAAGGUGCAUUUCCUAUUCAUUUUAAUAUCAUUUAAAAUAACUUUAACUUGGCAUUGUGUUAUGCAAAAUAUAUUCAAUGGAAUAUUUAAUUGCUACUAUGCAUGAUAUCAAUAUUUUAAGUUUAACAUCUCUUUAAUAAACGGUUGUUAAUUCUGUAUUAAAUACAUGUACUUUACUUUUUAAUCUAUUCUUAUAUUUUGAUGCUGACCUUUAUUGUUAAAGUAUUAGAGAUCUUAUUUGAUGCUAAUUUAUAAGUCUGUAAAUUUUAAUGGUGAUUGGGAGAAAAAUAUGAUAGCCAACACGUUGGCCUUUAAGUCUUUAAUAUUUGUAAUGCUUUGUUAUGGAAUUCAAUAUAAACAGUUGUUUUAUUUUAAUACUACAGAAUAAUCUGUGUAACAUAUUUAGCAUACUUGAAGCUAUAAUGGAAAAUUUAUAAUUAUUAAUAUUUUUAGGCAGCAGCUUUGAAUAAUGGUCAUGUUAGUAAAAAUUUUAUAAGUUCUUAAAAUACGAUCCUCAUAAAUGUUAAUGGACAUACGUCAAGAAUUUAGACUUCUUAUCAUUGUUUUGGGGGUUUUUUGCACUGUUUUCAAGUUUCUGUUUAAAGGGACAGUCUACUAUAGAAUUGUUAUUGUUUUAAAAGAUAGAUAAUUCCUUUAUUACCCAUUCCCUAGUUUUGCAUAACCAACACAGUUAUAUUAAUAUACUUUUUACCUCUGUUAUUACCUUGUAUCUAGGAACCUUCUUCCAGCCUCCUGAUCACAUGACUGAGACUGUUUAUUAUCUAUUGUCUUAAAUUUAGCAUUGCAUUGUGCUAGAUCUUAAAUAACUUUCUGUGCCUGAACACAGUGUUAUCUAUAUAGCCCACGUGUACUUUCUGUCUUUUUGUGUUGAAAAGAGAUAUAAAAGCAUGAGAUAAGAGGCAGCCCUCAAAGGCUUAGAAAUUAGCAUAUGAGCCUACCUAUGUUUAGUUUAAACUAAGAAUAUCAAGAGAAAAAAGCAAAUUUGAUGAUUAAAGUAAAUUGGAAAGUGGAUUUAAAUGAAAAGUCCUAUCUGAAUAAUGAACGUUUAAUUUAUACUAGACUGUCCCUUUAAACAGCAAGUAAUCUUAUAAAUAUUUUUUUUUUUAACAUUUUAGAAUUCUUCUAUACAUAUAUAUUGUUUCAAUACUGAUUAAUUGCAUAUAAUUAUAACCCUUUUGGGCAGUAUAUUAAAGUAAUAUACUAAAUGUACAAAUUCACUAAGUAAUCCUAUUUAUUUUCCAUUAGUAGUUAGAAAAUGGAAGGAUAAUUUGUUUGGCUGAAUUGUUUACAAUGAAUGUUGCACCACCAAAUUAUUUGUUUUAAAAGUAACUGAAACAGUCAGGGCCAGUGCCAUUUUAUCUCUCUGAGUUGAUAGUGGAAGAAGAUAACAGCUUUCAACAUAGAAAAAGUUAUAUACCCAUCCAUAUUACUGUAGUUCUACUCUGGCCUCUGAGUUGUAUUUUCCUAUGGAAUAAAUCCAUUGGCUAUUGUUUGUAAAACAUUCUUGACUGCACAAGGUAAGGUAAAGAUUAGAGAACGUGUGCAAGAUGGACACACAAAGACAACACAAAACAUAAGUUAUGUUUGAUAGACUUGAGCAUUAGAGGCACAGAGGAUGAGAGAAAGAACUGUGAAUCAUUGCCUGCCUCCAUAUGCAAUUUGUUAUACACACAUAAAUUCUAAUUGUACCAAAUAUUGCUUUCAGAUGGUGCUUUUUACUUUCAUAUAUACUUUUGAAAAAGUUCCUUAUGAAAGCCAACAUUUCUGCAUACAAUGCACAUGUAGGUGUUAUAUCACAUUAUUUGUCUGUUAUAAAUGGCAGGUCAAAGCAGCUGGUGUAUAAAAACUGUAGACCUAGAAGUGUUUUCUUAGAUUCAGUCAAAUUAAACUUUUUUUUUUAAAGUCAUAUAACAAAAAUUACUGAGCACAUUGUUGCAAAAUUGUUAUUUUGUUGUCAACAUUUUCAGGGUUUUGCCAAUUCAUUACAGUCAAGUGUUUAGCUGAGCAACAGCAGGUAGUGGUGUUUAAUGAGCCUCUGUUCAUGAAGUGAUAAAUAUGGGCAGCGAACGGUGCCUGCAAGUUGUGAUCCCAGAUGGACCUGCAAAUGUUUGCUGUCUAGAGAAUGACAAAUCUGGUCUUUAAGUUGGAAAGGUACAUUCUAGUGUCAAAUAAGAUGGUCUCUUUUUUUAAAGCAUUGUUUACUUUUAGUUUAACCCUGUAAAUCAUAUUUUCUUUAUGGAUUGGAAUGUUUUUGGUGAGCUCUUAAGCAUUAAAGUAGCUGCAAUGCAAUGUAUCUCUCAAUACAAAGCCUCCAGUGUUGAAAACAAUGGUAUAAAGUACAGUGCAAGAAACUUCUAAGAGACUCGAAUAUACCUCUUUGUUGUUUUGGAUUUAUAUCCCUAUAUAUUCAUAUGGGUUGUUAUACUUCUUGAUACAAAAGUAUUGGUUGUAAUUCAUUUUCUGGAAUUCUGAAUAUCCAUUGCAUUAGUUUUGCCAUAUAUGACGGUAAUUAUGUAUUUGCUUUACACUCUAGACUUCUCAUAUAAUCUGCUUCACUAUAAAAAGUAGAUGUGUGCAAACUGCAUUGUAUUAUUUAAACAUCCUGAGUGAAGAUACUCUUAUGCGUAGGCAUAUAUAUUAAUACAGUUGUUACUAUUUGGUCACAAUACAAUCAAUACGUUAAGGAUAUGGUUUGGGGACAUUUAAUUUGUCAUAUGUACACUUCAUUUCCACAUUAAUCAGUUUGCAACUAUGAGGUGAUUCACAGCCAGCUUAAGACUGCAAAUUAGUUUCAGAUGUCCAUUUUAUUUACUAAAUCUUGCACUUCAGGGAAAAAUCUGCUAAAUUCAAUACUAAAUUUGGAUUCUGAUACAAUACAGAGCAGUAUGCUUCUUAUUUUCCUCUUCUAUGCAAAUCAUACACAAAUGAGUAUGUAUGUGUGAGCAUAUCUAUAUAUGUAUGUGUGUUUGUGUGUGUGAAAAUAUAUAUAUAUAUAUAUAUAUAUAUAUAUAUAUAUAUAUAUAUAUAUAUAUAUAUAUAUAUAAUUAGAUACUACAUGUAUUGUACACAUUGCAGUUUCAGAUUACAGAUGGAAGAUAACCAAACAUAUAAAUGUCUGAUAUAAACCUUUUUUUAAUCUGCAAACAAUAUGCUAAAAUCAUUGUCAGUCUGGAAUGUAUCUGAUCACUAUAACAGAAAUGUAUUUGCUUUUCAAUAGAAAGACAGCAGUAAUAAUAAUUACUAAUAAAAUGUAAGAAAGCUACAUCUGAACAAAUUCUGGAUGCUAUGUGUACCAAAGACCAGUCACUGUGUCAAUCCCCGUUUAGCAAUACUGUCUGUCAUUUUUUUUUCUCUGCCAUCACUAAAUGUUUGUGAAAUAAUACAUUAAAUGAAUCAACACAAUGUUUAUCCAUGUAAUAGGGAAUAAAAUGUAACAUUUAACAGUGCACAUAAAUAAAAGGCUUUUGUUUACCAAGAA